UGACGCCUGCAUGUUAUAGCAUCUUAGCGCAGUUAUUAGGUUGCGGCGCACCGUAAGCAAACGGGGACGUCAGCGCCACCGACGGACGUCAAAUAAAUCGUUAAGCGACGCGUCCGAGACCUUUUGACGCUACCGGAUUCGUAAAAUAUGGGGCCCAGGCGCCCCAUUCGGUCCCCAGUGAGUGAGUGUCAGUGCAGAGGACUAAUGGCUGUCCGCUAAAACCGACACCAGGCACCCCCAGUGGCAUGGGCUUAAGCGCGGCGCCCACGUGUGCCAGCCGCUCUCUUCAUGGCCAUUGAUAAAGAUGUCUUAUAGCGUACCUGAGAGGGGCAAUGUUCACUCUCCACCAACUUCGCUCCAUUUAGCUGAGUGUGGCCCAACAGCAGGCCCCUCCUCUUCAAAGAUCUCAGGAACUACACGAGUGCAGCUGCAUACAAUUUCGCGCGGCUGUAAAGGGCGCAAAGACGAAAAAUUGGUAUCGGCUCUAGCCACGUCCCUAAGCUCACGGACACCGGCACCAGGGGCCGGAACCCCGCCUGGGGCAACUGGCCCCCCGCAAAAUGGACCUCAGUCUGGGAGCCCUCAAGGGUCGCAAACCAGAUCUAAGCACUGCAGCAGUAUGUUGUUUUGCUGCUGCUGCAAAUGCCCUUGGACUACCUCAACAACCGAAAACAGGAAUGACGAAAACGGAACUGCUAAAAAUUCUACAUCGGAUUUGGACACGUGCGUUUCUCCACGGAAAAAAAUUUCUAGGGGGGCGAUGGAGGAAAUCCGUGUCACCAUGGACGAUCUUCGAUGCUGGUCGAAAUCUUUUGAUAAGCUGAUGAACAGCAACGCUGGGAGAAAAGUGUUUCGAAACUUCUUAAAAGGGGAAUACUCCGAAGAGAACAUUUUAUUCUGGCUGGCUUGUGAAGAUUUCAAGAAGCAUAAUGAUCGAAGUUACAUCGAGAGAUGGUCCAGGCUUAUUUAUAUGCAUUAUAUUCAUCCUGAUUCAUCUACUGAGGUAUCUUUGGAUUCGCGCGUACGGGAGAUAGUGAAGAAACAGCUGCAGAAUCCGCAUGCCGAAAUGUACGACGAAGCUCAAUUACAAAUCUAUACUCUAAUGCAAAGGGACAGCUAUCCCCGCUUCAUCAAUUCACAGAUGUUUAAAAAUUUGGUUCAACAAACGGAAAAGAAAGGCAAGGAUAAGGUAUCGUUCUGGAUUCAGCCACAAAAAACUCCGUCAUUACAUACAAUCGACCUACACUCAGUGGACACUCUGAUGGGUGGAGAGCCUGGUCAGGCAAAUCAAUCUACACCUCUUUUAACUGCUGUUCUUCCUUCUGUUACCACACCGGUAUCUGAUUAUUCAGAAAGGGACCAGGAUACUAAUUAAAUUUUAUUUUUUGUCUUGCCAGCGGCCUAACAGCAGAUUUGGUUGUCGACAAUAAAUUGUAUUGUGGACCAUGGCUGGCAUCCCCAUUCAUUAAAUGGCUGCAAUGGAACCCCUUGUAUAUAUAAUAUUAUUCUAAAUUUCCUCUAGACCGGUUCUGGGAUUACCAAGAAUGCUUUUGCAACAAAACUGUAUUUUUUUUUUUGAAGCAUGUAAUAUAGGCUUAAUUUUGAUUUGUUAUAACUUGGUAACGUGAUUUCUUGGAACAUAAAGUCCUAUCAAAGGUCAAGCCUUGUAAAGAAUAUUUUUAUUAGUUUUUGGUUAGUUUAAAUAGCAAAUGUCAGAAUGAGGUAUGUUAAUGAAGUAUGAACUUAAUAGCAAAAACAGUCGGCCCUACAAAUCGUAAUGUAUAUUUUUUUUAUUUAAAGAAAAUGCGUUCAUAUAAAGAAAAGAGAUUCUUUCAAAACUUUCUCACCUCAUCCGCCUGCACCAUUUUUUUAAUUAAUAGUUAAAAAACUGUAUUGCAUUUAAUAUUUUAAAGCCUAAAGUCUGUCACAUUUCUUCAAAGAGACUGCUUAUAGGUUACUUUAGUUGUAAAGAAAAUUUAGUUUAAUUUAUUUAUUUAUAUCUUUAAAACAUACAAUAAAGUAUACCAGUUUUGAUAGAGCUUCCCAGGCAACUGAAGUUCUUAAUAAAAUGUUUCUGGAUUCAUCCUGUGUCAGGUAUCGCAAUUUAAAUAGCAUGCUCCAGAUAUUUUGGAUAAGCCCAGAAGUAUUUCAACAAUAACUAUAUUAUCUUAUUUUCAUUUUAUAAGUAGAAUUUUAAAAGAAAUACCAAGAAACUAAAAAUAAUUUAAGUCUCUAACAAAUAUCGAUUAACUAAAAUAAAAAGCAAUUUAGCCAGCUUUGAAAUUGCAUAAACUAAUAGUCAAAAGGCUUUAAAAUCAUUUACACUCGACCCCCUUUUCUAUUUAAAUAUUUUUAUCAGCGAUAGGAUGAAGUGAUAAAUAUGUCCUUGAGCGAAUUUGGCUCGUAGUUUAAAAUAUAUAUGAAAAUUUUAGGACGAUUACUUGAUUGAUUCUUGUGGGACACUUGGUUUAUAUAUACAAUAUUUAUUUAAAGUAUUUUAUCUUACUUACAAGAACUGAGAGAAUAUUCUGCCAAUUUAACUUAUAAUAGAUUAUAAAAAAUUUUUGACUUCUAUUAGUAUGCUUUAUGAACCCCAAGAUACUGAAUUGAAUAUGACUGUAAUGCAUUUAUAGUAUAGUUAAUUUUACAACAAGGUUAAUUUUAAAUGCGUUCUUAGUAAUAUUUUUUUUUAAUUUAGUUACGUGUAGGUAUUAUCGAAACCAAAGGACUGUUGUAUUUUUUUUAUUUAGGGAUAUUCUUGUAGGUAGAUAAUAACAUAAUCGGAAAAGCAGGAAUGAAUAUAGAUUGUGACAAUUAAAGUAGCAUAAGAACAAAUAGUAAAAUGUUGUAUUUAUUUAUUUGAAUAUUUAUUUAUAGUUUUAGGGUUUUGGCAUGCACAUAAAGUGCUUUACUUCUAUUACUAGUGCCACACAUUCCUUUGUAUCAAUAAUAAAUAUCGAUACAGCUUAACCAGCUCUAGUCAGAAUUUACUUUCCGCGAUAGAGAGCGAAGCAAUACGGGGAUAGCUCAGGAUCAGUUUUUAAGUAAAAAACCUAGUCAUUUAAAGUAAAAAAAGUGUAUAACCUUAUAUUGCUCGCUCCUUAUCCUUAGAAAAUUCUAUAGGCUAUAUGUAUUAUUAAGGUAUAUAAGCACAUCUUCAUUCUGGCAGUUUUCUAUUUGCACUAACGAUUUUCACAGGCUUAAACUUUAACGCUAACGGCGCCAAUAAUAAUCUCUCUCUAUUAUAUUUUUUCUAACAAGAUGUCCCGAAUAGAAAUGAUAAACACAUAUGCAAAAAGAAAACUGUUGUUUAGAAGUUUUAGUAAUUUUUAGUUAUAAAGUUGUUGGUGCCUUUGGCCAAAAAAAAACAUAAAUAUUGAAAUAUUAGUAAUUAACGGACCAAAUGACUUACAUUAUUUUUUUUUAAAUAUUUUAUAUGUUAUGUUCUUCAAAAACAUGGGCUUCUGUAAUGUUAAUAAUUUGAACACAGCAACCAAACUAUAAUUAUUAAAUAAUAAUUUUAUUGUAUCUUACACGGGUAUGUAAUUGUUUUUUCCUUACUACUUUAAAUAUAAUUUUUAAAAUAGUUUUCUAUAUAAUAAAUAACUUGCGAUUAUGUAAACUAUUGACACUAUUAUAAGAGUUUUACCUGCUCAAUUUUUUAGUAGGCCCUGUCUAUCUGAGAAAAACAUUAUCGUGCACUGCAAUAUUCCAAAACAAUCAGAGUUGUUUAAAAUUACAUAUAAGUUUUUUCAAGUAUUAAUACACUUUAUCCUGUAUAGGAUCUCGAAUUAAAGUAUUUUUGAAAAUUUUAAUGUGCAUAGAUAUAUACCUAGCGAAAUAAAAAUUAAUAAUAUUAUUUUCUGAAUGUUUUGCGUAGAAACUCGAAGUGAAUCUGUAAUUUAGAAUAAAUUUAAUAAUUAUUAUCUUUUUAAACUUUUUAAAAUUUUGAAAGUUGCAACAUAAUUUUUACUACUGUAUUUGCUAAAUGAAACCAAGCAAAUCUAUGGUCAAUUAGCUUAAAAGCUAUUAAUUAAUAUGUUUAAAACUUUGCUGUCAUGCACAUUAUAACAACAAAAUAUUUUCAAAUUUCUAAAAACAUUUAUAGUUUUUUAUAAUAUAGCAUACAGGAUUUGCAAUAGAAACAGGAAAAUUAGACAUUUUAGAAAACGACAAGUUUCAUCAUUGAUUUAAUAAAAGUAUUUAUUAAAUAGUAAAUGAUUGUAUAGUUGAUAAUUUGUAUAAAUACUUUUAUUUUGGCGUCGAAUAAUAUGUUAAAAUUUACUUAUACUUUAUUUACUUUUUACUUACAUUAUUUCUAUAGAAAAGUUAGGAACUUUCCUAGCCGUAGCCUUUAAGUUUAAAUAUGAGGGGAAAAAGUAGAAGAAAAAAAAGUUGUAGAAUGAGAAAUAGGAAGAAGAUGUAGUGAAAUUUCCUCUGUUCUGACAAUAGUAGCCCAAUUUUUUUACAGUGGCCAGUAAAAAGUUGGACUCACAUAAAAAAUAUUGUAUUAUUAAUAUUAAUGUAGCCUUCUUUAUCCUGCACCACCAACUAAAAAAAUAUUUAAACAGAUGUCAUAAUGUUUCUAAUAUAACAGCCAUUAUUAAAUGUGUAGAGUUGGAUGACAAAAUAUUAAGAAAAAAUAUUCUAAUUUCAAUUUAACAGUAGUUACAUUUAAUAGACUUAAUUUCGAUAAUUAUCUAUGAAUUUUCAAGAAAAUAUAAAAAGGGUUGUUUUUAAGAAUAUAGUAAUAUAAAUUUAAUCGCUUAAAACCGCUAUAAGAAAAUGUUUUGUUUUGGCUUAAAAUAGGAUGUUUUAUCUAUUUUGCAUUUAAAACGGUCAAACUACGUUACAUUAAAUAUAUGCGCAUUAGUAGCGGCUAAAAUGUCAACAAAAGAAUUAUAAAUAAGACGAUCUAACAACGUCAAGAAAGUCAAAUUCAAACCCAGUUUUUGAUAAAUUUUUAUCUUAGCAUAGAGGAACACUAAAAUACUUACAUUAAUUAUACAGGGUGUCCGAAAAGUCGACGAUAAUACUGAAGGGGCUGAUGGAGCAACUUAUGAGCACCCAGAAAAACAUAAAAUAACCUUAGUAAAAAAUCUAUGGUUUUCGAGAUAUUGGCACUUUAGUGGAAGUCACCAAAAUCCUACUCUUGGAUCAGAUUUUCGAUUGUCACGCCUUAAAAAUAGAUAUUUUUUAGAAUCUCUUUUUAGCUAUGCAACACUGAAUAGCCAUUUUACCGAUAAAAGACAAACAUUAAACUAAACGGCAAAAAAAUUUAAUAAAAAAUCUAUUCUAAAAUAAUGUAUUACUUAUUGUUAUUUUUUAACUUUGAAUUUGACCGCUCAUACUGGACCAAAAAAAUUGUACGGCAACCUGGCUAAUACCUUAAAAACUUUGCUCAUUUAAUCUACUUUUUAAAAUGACCUAUGUUUUUUUAACAGUUUACUAUUAUUGUGUUAUAAUAAAAAAUAACCCUAAUUCACCUUAUGAUAUCAUUGUAAAAAAAUUAAACAAAUUUUUAAGUUAUGUUUAAAAUAUUUUUAUUUUACUUAAAAAUUAAAAAAAUCAAGAGCGAAGGUAAUUCUUAUCACCAUAGCAAUAAACAACAAACAUUUUUGGAAUUUAGUUUGUUGACAGUAUUCCGUGAACUAACUACUCUUUUGCUUGUAUCCUAACGUUUCUGUUACCUUUUGCUUUGGAUUUGUUUUUGAGUUCAUUUUCCUGCGGACUGUGUUCUUUGAGCUGUUUGUUUUAUUGGUUAAUCAUUUAUUAUGCCCUUGCCGUAUGCCGCCCAAGAAUAUGCAAACAUGCAUCUCAUUUAUGGUGAAUGCAGAGGAAAUGCUCUAGCAGCAUCUAAUCUUUAUCAAGAAAGAUAUCCAAAUUUGGCCCGAUAUCCUGACUAUCGUGUAUUUAUUAAUGUUCACCGCUCAUAUUCCGAAGGCAGAAUACCUCAUGCUCCUGUUCGAGAGGGAAGACCUCGUAUUGAUUAUGUUGAUCAAGUUUUAGAAGAAAUUGAAAAUGAUCCGAUUACUUCGGCACGAGCAAUCGAAAGAAGAACAGAGAUACCGAAAUUGGUAGUAAACGACAUCACUAGGCGAUUUCAAUAUUACCCUUAUCACGUUCAACGAGUGCAAAGCCACUGCCUCAAGACUACGAACCACGCCUACAAUUUUGCCGCAGAAUGUUGCAAAAAAAUCAAGAGGAUCCGAAUUUUUUAAAUAAUAUACUGUGGUCGGAUGAGAGUACAUUUAAAAACGGAUGGCUUUAUGAACAUGCACAAUUUGUACACUUAUGCAUUGGAAAAUCCCCACUCUAUUCGAGAAGAAAGGUCACAGUACCGAUUUAAAGUAAACUUGUGGACCGGUAUCUUGAACGGACGUGUAAUUGGCCCAUUCGAAUUACCAGAAAAUUUGAACUGGCAGGCUUAUUUAGAUUUUUGUCGAAACAAUCUACCAAUCCUUUUAGAAGAUGUUCCUUUGGCCAGUCGCCGAAUAAUGUGGUUUCAAAAUGAUGGUUGCCCGGCACAUUAUGCCCAUGAAGUUCGUCGGUAUUUAAACCAAACAUACCCCAACAGAUGGAUCGACCGACUUGGUCCAAUUUUAUGGCCUCCCAGGUCUCCAGACCUAAACCCCCUCGAUUUUUUUUACUGGGGUUGCAUAAAAGAAAAGGUUUAUGCAAGACCAAUAAAUAAUAUUGCUGAAUUACGGCAGCGAAUAAAUGAUGCAGCCCAAGAUCUUAACGCUGCCAGGAAUGCAAGAUGGAUCAAUAGGUCAUUUAUUAAAAGAUGCCACGCCUGUAUUCGCGUUGGUGGUUGACAGUUCGAACAUAUUAUUUGAAUUUUAAUUUUUUUUAAGUUAAAUAAAAAUAUUUUUUGAACAUAACAUAAUUAUAAAUUUGUUUUAUUUUUUUUCAUAAGGUAGAUUAGGUUUAUUUUUCACUCCAUCACAAUAACAGUAAAGCUUUUUUUAAAACAUAUUGGUUAAUUUUAAAAUUAAAUUAAAUGAGCAAACUUAUUAAGGUAUUAGCCGGGUUGCCGUACAAUUUUUCGGUCCAGUAUGAGCGGUCCAAUUCAAUUUCAAAGUUUAAAAAAUAAAAAUAAGUAAUACUUUAUUUUAGAAUAGAUUUCUUAUUAAAUUUUUUGGCCGUUUAGUUUAAUGUUUGUCUUUGAUCAGUAAAAUGGCUAUUCAGUGUUGCCAAUAUCUCGAAAACCAUCGAUUUUUUACUAAGGUCAUUUUAUGUUUUUUUGGGUGCUUAUGAGUUGCUCCAUCAGCCCCUUCAGUAUUAUCGUUGACUUUCCGGACACUCUGUAUAAAUAAUUUAGUUCUAAGCAAAUUAAGCAGUUAAACAUUAUAUAAUAUAUAUUUCCUUGAUAAUUUUUAUGAAAUGUUAAUUAGCGAAUCGAACCUAAAUUCUGUACCUAUUUCAAAUAAAUAUUUGAUAUUGUAUCUUUGCAUAUAGCCUUUCAAAAAUGCAAAAAUAUAGAGAUUCAGGAUCGAUCCGUAAUGUUAAAAAAAAAAACUUUAUAUGUAUGAGUCCAAUUUUUUUAUGGUUACUGUUUAACAUGUAUGUGCCUACAUGUAGUUGAGAAUUAUUUUACCUUGUUGUCUAUACAUAUAAAUUAAUGUUUCUUACCUUAUCUGAACAGGGUGCCAAUAGGUAGUUUCUUUGUUAUAUUAUGUGUACAACUUGCAUCUUAUAAAAUAAAAUAUAAGUGUUUUUAUAGACGGACUUUUUGAUACUACAUUUACUAUAUUAUAUUUUCAGCAGUAUCUAAAAGACAGAACAGGGUAUAAUUAAAUAUGUUUAAUUGACGCCCAUUUUCUACGUAUUUGUACUUCUACCGAUUUAGACCUUGUCGUUAUCCAUAGCUUCUAAUAUUCCAUACUUUAAGAUACCACGAAUCGUAUUCAGGGCUUUUAUGGAAAUAUUAUAAUAGGAUGCACAUUUCGGAUAAUUUAAACAAGUGUGUUAAUUAUUGUUUAAUAACAUCAGCCUAGCGCUUUGUUUAACAAUGUUAGGCAACUUUUUCAAGAGAAAAAGAAAAAAAUUGCUGGUUCAUGUUAUAAAGAUUUAAAUUAUUAUGUUUGACGUAAGCCUUUAAAAAGGAAUUUAAACGCCAUGGUUAUCAUUGAAUAAUUUAUUCCAAAUUCUAGCUAUAAGGAUAUACCAGAAAACAAAAUGAUAAUAUCUAAACCAUAAAGAACUGAACCUCAGAAAAUCAUUUGAAGUUUCCAUGAGUGGUUAUAUCGACAUAAUAUGAUAAAUAAACACCAAAUAAUCCUAAAUUCACCGUUGGUUUAAGUUGUAUAAAGAGACGAUCUAAAUCAUCUUUUGAAAAACAGAUUACCACGCGCGGCCGAGAACGUCCCCUAUCCUGACAUCAAAACUUACUUGAGCCGUUCGGCUGCUGAAAUAAUGCAUGGAAACCACAGAACUCGCGUUUGUGUUAGUCGUUUUUUAAUAAUUGAAGGGUAUGGUAUUCUUAUUUUUCUGGUGAUUUAUUUGAUUUAGAUUGUGUUGAUUUUUAAUACUAUCAAGACUGAUCAGGGCUAUGUGAACGCGCAAUCAUAUAAAAUGAAAAAUGGUAUGAGAUAGAUCAAGUUGUUUUAUAUGAAAUGUAAAAAAGUAAUAAUAUACAGGGUACUUUAACCGAAAAUGCUAUAACUGUUAAAAUAUAUUUGUUGUAUGUCCCCCAAUUACACUGCCAAGUUGCCAAUUCUUUGUAUUAAAAGUUUUCCUAUAAUCCAUAGAUAAUACUUCCCCAGGAAGUCCCUGUAUAAUUUUUUAAUUAUUUAAAAAAUUUAAUUUCGUUCUAUUAUCUUGCUUUUUUACUUAUUAUAAUUUUAAAGUUUUGUAAUCCACUCUAAUGAUCAAAUAUUAUAUAAUAUAUAUUAUAUCAUAUAAUAUUUAAAUUUGUUGUAUAACAAUAAUUAAUACAAUAAGGUUAAAUUAUCUUGUAAAAAAAUUUAAUACUUUCGAAAUGUGAUUUAUUUUAUUAAUGAUUUUUAGUCAGUUUUUUGACCUUUUGAUUUUAUUGAAUUAAAUUGUAUAAAGAAAUGCACAUUAAAAUACCUACGUUUGCAGUCUUUUAUCCGCGUCAUUAAAAAAAGAGGUUAAUAAAAAACGUGCUUGCCUAUUAAAUAUCUAAUUAAGAAUCUCUUUUUUUACUUGUCUUUAAAAACUUCUUCGGUUCUCAUUAAGCUUUUUCAAACCAUUUUUUUUUUGGGAUCCUUCGGAACUUAAAUAAACGUUUUAGCUAUCGUCCUUAUAGACGUACUGUUAGAUUGAGGUGCUAUACACUAAUAAUGCUUAGAUGACACUCUUUUUGUCUAAUGGCUCAUCCAUCGGAAAGUUUGAACAAUAUAUAUUUUAAAUAUUUAAAACAUGUAAAUUGUGGUAAAAACUUAAUGCCCGCAGCAUAUGUUUCAGUUAACUAACAAGUGACGUCACCCCUUAUCUACGGACGCCGUUUGAAGUCUAAUUUUAUGAAUUAAAACUUUAUUGUAUUAUUUUUUAUUGCAUGAAAAUAGAUACUUAUAAUAAAAAAUAGUACUUUUCUUAGGAUUCUAUUAAUGAUGAAAUACAAAAAAUCAAUUUUUUGCAUUGUUGGUUGGUUAUAGCAAUGUGAAUUUUGUGAUAAAUAUUAAAUUCAUCAUUUUGCUAAAAAAGUUUUAAUCGAGAGCUACCGUUUUUGCGAAUAAUAAAACAUAAAAAUAUUUUGAUUUACUUAACUUCCUAUAAAUUAUUUAUAUCAAAAUUGGAUUUCAUAUAAAAAAAUACUUUUUAAAUUAAAUUUAGAACACAUACAAAAUAGUUUCCAAGUAGUAUAUAGGUUCCUAAAAAUUUAACUUAAUUGACAUAGGGUAGGAUUUUGUGUAUCGCAAAUAGCUUCUUGUGGCGAGCAUGAAUGAUCCACAACUAAACCUCAAUAUGUAAAAUCCAAUUCUUUAUUGGUUAUGAUUGAAUGUUCUGGAACUGAUACACAAGUUUAAUUAUAGUAGAAGAACGUAUCAGUAGUAUGAAGUGAAGUGAAACGCAAUAAAUAUACUGAAUAUCCUCUUUAGAAAAAAUAAGUACAUGUUGUUUUUACUUUUUAAGGGCAUUUUCCGGUCAUAAUGUCCAAAUCCCCAACAUAUUUUUUUAAGCUAGAAUUUUAAUAUAAAAAUUAGCUUAAAUAUAUAAGAGCAAACAAAUAAAAGACUAAACAUGGCCAAGGCAUUAAAAAUUAAAUGAUGAGUAUCAUACCAAUGACAAUCACUUUUCUAUGGACUAGUAUAUAAUAUACUAAAUAUCCGCUAUAUAUUUAAAAUAGUUGCUCUAAAGAUUAACAUUUUUUGGAGAGUAAAUUUUUUUUUAAUAGAAAAUAUUAUAGAUCCAACUAGUUUACAGCAGGAAAAAGUUUAAAUAUCCAAAUGAUAUAAAUUUGUAUGCUAAUGCCAUUUGACGGUUUUUUGCUUUAAGGAGCUUUUAGAUUUCUUUGUUGGAAUACAGCUAAACAAUAAAUCAACCCUAAAAAGGAAAUAUGAGGUAUUUUCAAUUUAAAAAAAUAAACAAUGUAACUAUUAUAAUAGUUCAAAGCUAGGGUCAAGAUUUGUAAUCAUUUCUCAAGCAUGUGACAAGUUGCAGUAGCUGAAAGUUAUUUCUUCAUUUUCAUCUGUUUUAAAGAAAGUUCACACUUCAGUAAAUUUUGUUAUUCAGUUGUAUUUGUUUAAUACAGUGCAAAAUUACAACUUGACGCAGAGUACAGGGCACAUGGUCUUUAAACCGAAAACAAAUAGCGUGUAUAAAUGAUAAAUAAAAGAGGACUAAGGACCACUGAAGCAUAAUAUAUUUCACAAUAGAGGAUAGUAUAUAGUCUUUACUUCAUUACAUGUCUUCAAUUCUGUAGUUUUCAAAACGCCUUAAAAUUCCCUAAAAACCAAUAAUUACUUUACAUUAAUGAUUGACGGUUUAUAUCAGCAACAUUUAAAAAGACCAUGGUCUGUAACUGGUAUAUAAGAAUAUUUUUCUCCUAUAUCCAUAUCAGUCCUUCUUCAAAAACAUCAGGGCUAGUACCAUUAUUUAUUGAUUUAAUAUAAUAAAUUUAAAUUUGGAUAUUUUUUUAAAUAUUUUAAGACCGUGAUUUUAAUACCUUAAUAGUUUUAUCGCUUAUAAGCUAAUAACCGCUAAACUGCAUUGACCAAAGUCUGCUCAAUAAGGAUGCAGUAAUGGAGAUGUUUUUAUUUUCGGUUCUUACAUGCGAAGCAAAUAAGAAUUAAGUCGAUGCAACUUUUGUCGAUGAUAUUUUCUAAUUCACCACCAUACGCAGAAUUCAAAAAAGCUUAUUCUCAAUGAAUAAUAAUUCUAUUUAAUUUGACGAGGUCUUCUCUCCCAGAUACUUGCAAGUUUUUGCUCCGUAUGUACCUUUAUCUUUUAGUUACUUUUUUUAAGAAGGUGUCCAUUGCCAAAAAGCAAAACUAAAACUUUUGAAGAAUCGCCCUGUACUGGAUGUCCCAAAUUUGAGAACGAUCAUUCUAAUUUACCAUAAAAGAUACAAGGUCGGUUAAAACAAAGGCUUGAAAAAUGUGUUAAUGGUAUAUUUUGUUUCUUAAAAAAGUAGCAACGGUUUGCAAAAACUGCAUAUCGCUUAAUUUGAAAAUAACUAGAUGUUUCGCAAUUACAACGAAAUUCGGACACCCCGUACACUGUUUAUGCUGUUAAGUCCUUCACUGAAAAUAACUUUUGUAUGUAAUUUCUGUACCAUUUAUACGCGGUAUAUAAGUUGUAACAGAUUAAGGUUGUCUAAGAAAAAUAUUGGCAAUAACAGUUAAUAAGAUUUAGAAUAUAAUUGGAAAUUAAGUAAAAAUAAACCUCACAUCACUAGUAUUUCAUAUUUAAUUAGUCCAUAUCAUCAAACAUAGCUUUUAAAAUCUAGAUCCUGUUAUUUCUUGAAUUCUUUUCUUUAUUAACUACAGACUAAAAUAUUAUUACAAUUACAUUUUAUAUGGUAUAUUCUAAGUAAAAAAUCAGCCACGAUCUUUCAUAUAUAUAAGAAUAAAAAUAAAUGAUCCCAAUAAACAGGGUAUUCUUGCAAUUGCAAGGUAGCUAAUACAUUGUUUAAUAAAAAUUUAUUAGAAACAUUCACUUCUUAGAAUAAAUUUUAUAUUAACAUCUAAAAACCCUAAUAAUAAAUAUAUUUAUUAUCUUUAGAUCUUAUAAUUGAAAGCAAACUAUAAGCACCUACAGGGCGAUAAAAGCUUGGCCUACUAAACUUUUAUAGUUAACCUAAAGUGAUUCUUUUUCAUGGUGAACUUUACUUAACAACGAAUUAAAGAAAUGUAAAUUUAUGGGAGUGGCUGAAACCAAAAGUCCCAAAAUGUAGGUUUGAAUUAUGUUAUUAUAUUGUUUACUUUCAAUAAUUAAAAAAGAAAAUUCUAAACUAUUAUUUUCCUCUGCAGUAUAAGUUGUAUUUAUACAUAUGAAGGACAAUGUUAUAGCCUAAAUUUGUAAAAUAUUUUACUAUUUUAGGUUAAGUAUUUGUUAAUGUAGAGACAUCAAGCACAUUUCAAAUCAUCACUUAUCGCUAUCCGUAGAACCAUGUGCGCUUUACACCGCGUAGAAAUUAGUUUUAUAUUACGUAAAAUAUAUCUUUAUGAAACACUUAAUAUAUCGUAAGUCCAUAAAAUUUUACGACACUCAGACAAAAAAACCGAAGUUCGUUUACGAAUUAAGGCCCUCGCAGAGUCGCCGUACUGUAGGCUGCAACCAUCAGUCCAUAAUUUGGUAACCAGUAUUUUAACACAUUAACGGCGAUUUGAUUCAUAGUAUCGACUGGUUAAUGACGUUGAUCUAACCUUUUCUUCCUUUCUUAGUAGUUCAUAUGUGUUUUAUUCAUAAUCGUUUUUUUUGUGUUUUUAUGGUCAGUGAAGUAUCAGUAAAAGCCGCACUUAAAGUAGUGAUAAAAUUUAGUAUUUUUUUUUAAUAUUAAUCGCUAAGAAAAGAAAUGGAGCAAAUAAAUAUAAUUGGAAAUGUUCAAUCUUAUAGAGGAUUUUUGUAAGGAUAAUAUAAAAAUCCUUGAAUUUCAGCCUAUGCAACGACCAAUAGAAUUAUCCAUAUCAACCGUGUUUUCUCUUAAAUUUUAUAUUAUAUGAUUGGUGCAGUGGUCUGUUUAUUAUAAUAGUCAAAACUUUAAAAAAACUCGUAGAAGUCAAAUAGUAGAGGAAAAACCUAUGGCAUUAGUCAACUCCUAGACAUUUGAGCAAAUUAUUAAUAUCUUUAUUUAAUACCGAUGGUUUUACUAUAAGCGGCCAUUCUCUUAACUAAAAAAUAAAUAAAUGCACUUAACAUUCUAAAUUUUUAAUAUUUUCUGUUAAAGAGAUGGGACACCUCCCUAAAGCUAAAAUUUACGCACCUUCCUUUUUUUGAUCAUUCGACGAUAUUAUAAGAAAAUAUAAAAUCAAAUGGAUUCGCUGGUUAAUACAAUGGCUGGCUAUUAACAAUAUAGAAAAAUUCAGUGCUAAGAACCCAACUUAACCCAAAUUGAUUGAAGAAAAUAAAACUGUCCGUACAAAGUUAUUUGUCUGAAAAACUUUUUCUAUAGAAAUAAUUAAAACUAGAAACUUCAAAGUUUUUGGAUAUAUCUGAAGAAGCAAGAUAGCACACAAGAAAGUAAUAAACGUAAAUUGCCUCUUUAGAGGUUCUUUGGUUAACACGCCUUAAUGAAAAGUCAGUACAACUGGACGCGGGGUAGCUGCUCACCAAAUCGCCGUUACAUUUCCAUCAAAUAAAUCACCUAUUCUUAAUAUUUGGCUAAAAAUACCCGAAUCAAUAAGUCUGGCUGCAAGAAGUAGAAACAAGCCAUUUUUUGGCGUCCUGAAUAACUUUUACGUGUCUUACGACAUGCGGUUAACCCACUCUAAUUAUUUUAUCGGUAUUGCUUUACGGUAAGUCUCGGCAGGGCCUUAAAUAUUUUAUGACUAGCCCAGUCUCGGCAGGGCCUUAAAUAUUUUAUCAUUAGCCUUUACUACAUUUUGAAUUUUUUAUUGGCCUACUCCAAUUUAUACAUAUGUUUAUAUUUCUCACUGGUAUGCGACAUACGUUGCGCUAUAUCUGAGAGAACCUUUACUUUUCUUGGAAUAGAUGUGAUCUUAUUACACAAAAUCAAUUUAUUGCGCAUGUUCGUCAAUUGUCAAGUUGUACAUUGUAUUCAGGUACUGCAUUAUCUUGGCUUUUAUGUUAUUAUAAAUAAGAAUUCCAUAAUUCGUAAAAACUGCAAAAAAAAACUUAUGACCAUUAUUAACAAGUUAAGACCAAAAAGAAAAUAAAUAAAUAUUGAUCAAAUACAGAGUAUAAUAUAUGCCUGCCUGUUUGAUCUUUCUAUUAGUCAUGGAUCUUCUUUGCUACCUAUCAGAUUAGGUACAUGUGUGCAAUCUUUAAUGAUGUUGCAAUGCAAUGCAAUUUUAUAGACGUAACGUAGUACCAAAUGAUACCAUCACGAAACGCCAUUUUAUGGGAUAAUAGCCAAAGUGGGAAAAAACGACUGCUAUAGAAAACCAAAUAAAUAGCUAAGGGUGCCAAGGCAUACAUUAUUAAGAACAUCAUGGGCUGAAAUCCUGUAUAACAUUAGAUACUAUUUUUUUAAUUUCAAACUAUAAUCUCUAAUUUAAAAAAAUCAAAAUCGAUAUUGACAUUUUAUUUAUGAAAUUCUUAAAAAAUUUAACGGUACGGCUCUAUAAUUCUACUAAUAGUCCUAAUUCUUAAAUCUUAUUCCAUAUACUAGUCUACGUAUUUGCCCAAACAUUAAAAAAAAUCAUAUUUACCGCAGAAAAUUUACAGACUGCUUUGUAAAAAAGAUAUAUAUCAUUAAACAAAAUUCUACUAACAAAAACGUAGUAUAAUCUUGUAGUGAAGUUAUAAGAGAAGGUUAAUAAAAAAAAUCCUAAAUCCUGAAGUCUCCACCACUCAUAAUUUUAUUGAGAGACAUGAAUAUUUUUAAAUUCAGGCAUUCAAAGUGUCAGUUUAUAAAUGUAAUCGCUCAACUAGAAGAAGGAAUGUCGAACGAACCAAAUUAAUCAGCGUUGGGUUCAAGAGCAAUGUUCAUCGAAAUUAAAAAUAAAAAUUGAUGCAUUAGAAUUAUAAGUAUUAAGUAGAUAGUAAAAAAUGGUGAGGAGAAAAGUGUCAAAUGUAAAAAACAAGGAAUUAAAAACCUAGUGAAUUGACAUGAUUCUUAUAUAGGUAUGCAUAUUUCAUUCAAAAACUAACAAAAAAACUGAAAACAUAAAGGAGCCUUCUGGUAGCAAGCCAAGAUUUUUAACCAAAAAUAAGAUCAGUAUUUAAUUGUUCCUGGCUUUGUUAUAUAUUAUAGAAAGUACACCUAUAUACUUUCGAGUAAUUAGGGCUGUUAAAAAUUAUAUUUGUUCUUAAACUCUGUGUUUAAAUAGAAUACUUGUAUUUAAUAUUAGCUUGUGAAUAUUUUAUUUGUAUGCUUAAAAUAUAUAAUAUUCUUUUCUCACAGAGUAAAUAAUUUUCUUAUGUGUAAGUGUAAAUUACCGGAAUAUAACAUUUAAAUAUGUAAUAUACUAUCAUUUAAAAUAUAAAUGUACAAGUAAAAUUCGUCAUUUAAGCUACGUUAAAAACUACUUAAACCCCAUUUAAAAAGAGCAUAUAUAACCCCAAACAUAAAACAGAUGUCAGAUGCCUAAAUGACGUUUUUCACUUUAAGAUUACGGCAUAUACAUAGAUAAGGUAUAUUUAAGGAAUGGUUCAACAUUUUUAAUAUACAUGUAGAUAUAUAAACUAACAAAGAAUUCACAAAAGGAAGUUGAUUCAACGGCAAUAAUUCUAAGCCUACUAAAAAAGUAAAAGGGUAAUUAUCAUUCCCUUAUUAUAAUUUUUCCAUUACUUGAAAGAAAGCCAAAAAUGAUCGUGUCAUAAAAAAUUUGAUAAAAUAAUUUUUAUCUUAGCUGAUAAAAAAAAUUUUUUUAAUUGGUAUUUCUUUCGUUUGAUAAAUUAAUAAAAAAAACUAUAUUGUUUUUGUUUUUACUGUGAUUUCUUUUAAGCUUAGAUUAAGUAUAAGUAUAAAUUCAUGUGAAAAAAAGUAUUUAAACACUAAAUGUACAUAAGAAUAUAAGAACAGAACCUUCUUUUAGAAAGGCUAAAUUGGCUUGAAUGUGGUAUGUAUGAGUGAGAGAGAAUAUGCGAAUAAAUCUUUUUAUUUAAUGUUGUUAUUAAUUUUAUAUAUAUAAACCUUAAUAUAUAUAUCUUUUCCAUACUAUAGUUCCUUUCACAGUUCUUUGGAUAUGAUCUGGCUGUGAGCUAGAAGGAUCUGUGAAGAACUAUACCACAUUUCUUCCCUUACCUACCAGCUUUUAACCAAUGAUUGUCAACAUUGGUCUAAAUUUUUUUUAUUAUGAAAAACUGUUAAAUAGCCUAGAAUAUUAAUUUAAUUAUAUUGCCGAAAAUAUGGACGGUGGUAAACUGGUGCCGAUAAGAAUUAAAUUAACUUUAUUUAAAAGUAAAAUAGCAAGCUUCAUAUAAAAUAAAACUUUUUUUCUAAUAUUUUUUUUACAUUUUCAAUUACAUAAAUUAAUUGAUGACGAAACUUUAAAGCCACCCUAUUGACGAAAUGUGUUUUUCGUUCUCCAUAUCUUAUAAUAUAUACUGGUAUUUCUAUAUUCAUAUGUUAUAUGCUGUUAGCAAAUCUGUUUGAGCCAAUUUACCGCCUCCAUAAAAUAUAUUUCAAAAUGUGAUAAACCACAAAAGUUGUAUCUACUUGCAAGCAGACUAUAUUAGAUAUUACUCUCAUAUUUACAUCUAGUCAAACACCCACUCUGAUAGCACUAUUACACAAUAAUUAUAGUAUUACACUAAUAAUCGAUACACUAUUGUAAGGCAUUUAAAUAAAUAUGAAAUAAAUACUAAAA